UUCUCUUUGACACCCAAAGAAUGCUGAGGAGCCUGUCGUGGGAAUCUGUUGAUAAAAGUAUGGCAAACUUUGUAUUGAAGACUUUCACGACACUUUCAGAUCUAUGUCCAAAUAUGGCUAAUCUGAAAAUAAUCGGUAUAGUUAUUUGGAAAACAGAUGUUAAAGGCUUUCCAGACAGAAAAAAUAUUGGGUCAGAAAGGUACACUUUCAGUUUCAUCGUUCGUGAUUCACCAACCCAUUUUGUAAAUGCAACAUCCUGGGGCAACGAGGAUUACAUCAGAUCACUUUCUGACAGCUUUAGGGUUGGCGAGUGUGUGAUAAUUGAAAAUCCCCUGAUCCAAAGAAAGGAAUUUGAAAGAGAAGAAAAAUUCGGCCCUGCAACUCCUAGUGACUGUAAACUCUUGCUCAGUGAGAAUCACUCAACAGUAAAAGUUUGUUCCAGUUAUGAAGUGGACACCAAGUUACUUUCUUUGAUACACUUACCUGUUAAAGAGUCUCGUGAUUAUUAUUCAUUGGGUGACAUUGUUGCAAAUGGACAAAGUCUGGAUGGGAGAAUUAUUAAUGUGCUUGCAGCUGUGAGGUCGGUUGGAGAGCCAAAAUUCUUUACAACUUCAGACCGAAGAAAAGGCCAGAGGUGUGAAGUUAAGCUCUAUGAUGAGAUGCAGUCUUCUUUUGCAAUGAUAUGUUGGGAUAAUGAAGCCAUUCUACUUGCACAGAGCUGGAUACCACGAGAAACAGUAAUAUUUGCCUCAGAUGUAAGGAUAAGUUUUGACAAAUUUCGGAACUGCAUGACAGCAACUGUAAUCUCAAAAACCAUUAUUACAACUAAUCCAGAUAUACCAGAAGGUAAUAUCCUAUUGAAUUUUAUAAGAGAAAAUAAAGAAACAAAUCCUCUGGAUGAUGAAGUUGAGAGUUAUUUGAAAGAAUCUAUAAAUUUAAAUACUAUAGUUGAUGUCUAUACAGUUGAACAAUUAAAGGUAAAAGCUUUGAAGAAUGCAGGAAAAGCUGAUCCCUUCUAUGGCAUUCUUUAUGCUUACAUUUCUACACUGAACAUUGAUGAUGAAACCACAAAAGUAGUUCGAAAUAGAUGUUCCGGCUGUGGUUACUUCGUAAAUGAAGCGUCCAUCACGUGUACAACUUGCAACAAAGAUUCUUCGGAAUUUAAAUCUGUUUUUGCCAGCUUCGAUAUGCUAAUAGAUCUUACUGAUCACACAGGUACCCUCCAUUCCUGUAGUCUCACAGGGAGUGUUGCCGAGGAGACUUUGGGCUGCACGGUAAAUGAGUUUCUUGCAAUGACGGAUGAACAGAAAACAGCCCGAAAGUGGCAAUUUCUCUUGGAAAGAAGCAAAAUUUAUUUAAAAUUUUUUUUAUCCCACAAAGCAAGGGGUGGAUUGAGAAUUAGUGUGCUGUCGUGUAAGCUUGCAGAUCCUGUUGAGGCAAGUAGGAACUUGUCUGGACAAGGAAAUAUUUAAACCAGAUAUCAUUUUAAGCUCUGGAAAAAAAUACAAGUUUGAACCCCCCCUUAAAGUAGAAAAUGAGUUUGAAAAUUAUGGAUAACAUUGUAUUUUGUUCAAAUAUGGUGAAAGUGUUUCUCUAAAAUGUUAUAUUUCCUCCUGGAGUUGGUUUGGGGAUAAGUCUUAAAUCUCUCUCUCACCUGAGCUCAUUUCUUAGAAGGCUUUUCUAGCAGCUUCGCCCUCUGUCUCCCCAAGUUGGAAAAUGUUUGCAGGAAUUAAUAAACAAGUUUCAUCUUUUCCACAGAUCAAUUUGUUGUCCUAAGCCCCUUUCCUUUUUCUCCUGUUUCCCUGGAGAAAGAUCAGAACCUGUAAAAAUGACUAACCUAGAGCUUGGCAAUGGCUCAGUCUGCUUUCCCGUGGCUGAGAGGCUCUGUCCAUGCCAGUGGGACAGAAUUCCAUGGGUAACGUCGCACAUGACUUUGAACGCUGUAGAGCUUUGCAAAUCCCUUUCUUUCUCUGAUGAUACUUUGGGGGCCACCCUAGGCUUGUGAAGACUUACUGACUCAGGGGUGACAUUUAUGAGUCUGAACCAACUGGGAGGAGACCAACUUCAAAAGUUCUAUAAGCAGUGCUGAGUCUCAGGAGCUUGGAAGGGUGGGAGGACUAUUGGAAGCAGGGAGGGUUCAGGUUGGGGAGGAGAGAGAAGUGAGGGCGCCUACCGGAAGCCACAUUCACAUCCUCUGUUAGUUAAGCAAGAGUGGGUGUCCCAGAGCACAGGAAAUGGGGAAGGAUGCCUGGCCCAGACGGUGUGUCGGGAGCUGCUGUGCCAGGCCUCCUGGGACCCUGACCUCUAGCAGCAGGUCCCAGAGUGCCACUGUCUGGGCCAAAGGUGCCAGAACCAACUGGGUUGCUACAGUCCACAGGCCUCAGCUGCUCUGGCUUUUUCACCACCGCCUUCAACUGCAAAACACAGGUGCUUAAUACAGGCAUUCCCCGGGUAGGCGCUUGUGCAGUUCCCAGUAUUCUCCACCUACAGCCCGUGGAACCCUAGCAGGGAACAGAGGGCUCGGAGUGACCUCCUCACUGCUCCCUCAGUGACCUCUCAAUCCACUGGCAUUUUACUAAGGAGACCCCGUUACUGGAUGGACACCCAAUUGCUUAUUUUAUCUGAAGACAGGAAUCUACAGGGCCAGGUGUCAGGCCACACUGAGUCAGAGGUAUUGCACAAAGCUUACCUCCCGCAUUUAUGAGAUGGAGAUUACAGACUGGUCAAUAUCUAAAUUUGGUUGUAGAUUACCCAGAAUGCACACAACUCAAAGAAGUAAAAGAAAGAAUAUAAAUGAAAAUAGGAGAAAAGGAAAGAAUAUAAAUGUGGGGAGAGAGAGAACAAACAGCAAAUGUUAAUUAUUGAAUCUAAACAACAAACAGAAAAUUAUUGAAUCUAGUGAAGGGUAUGUGGAGUUUAUAUUAGUCUUUCAACUUUUUAGUAGGUUUAAAUUUAUUCAAAAUAAAAAGUUGGGGGGAAAUGUACCUUUGGGUUCUGGGAUUAUUAUGAUUUUAGGAAGAUCAGGAUUUGUGGGAAUUGGUAGCUCUUAAUUUUUGACACUUGCAGCCAAGGACUUUGUAUGCUACACCUGCAGUGCUGUUGUCAGCUGUUUGUGACAAUGUUUGUGCCACCACUGUGGUGAAUACUGACCCCAGGGGCACCGUGUCCCACCCAAGGAAACUCCUGCCUUAUAUCUUUAGCUUGUUUUCAAGUCUGUUAUCUCGGUAGACUUGUCUCAGUUGAACCUUGUAUCUGCUAACUAGACUAAUACACUCGACCCUGAGCACACCCUUGAUUCACCUCUUCUACUUCUGGGAACCCAGCCAAAGGAAAUAACCGCAAAUGUGCUGAUUCUACUAGCAAAUAAUUAGAAACAAUCUCAAUGGCCAAAAAUGAAGGACUGACUUCAGUCUGAUGCAGGCACUGAAAAUAGUACUGAGAAAUGUGCAGACUAACGUGAAAAGAUAGUCAAAACAUACGGUGAAAAAACUAAGUUAAAAAUUGUACGUUACAAGCAAAUACUUUAAAAAGUAUAAUUACAUCCAGAUUCGGAAGAAUGUACAUCAAAUGCUUAACUUUGGUUGGGUGGAUGAAAUUUUGAGUGUUUUGGUUUGUUUUGCUUACCCGUAUUUUCUAACGCUUCUGUAAUAAACAUGUAUUGCUUAAGCAAUUAAAAAAACUUGAUAAGAAGUUAAGCUAGCAUGACAUUUAAUAAACAAAUCCAAUUACGGUACUGAAUGUUUUUAUAUAUCUAUUAUACUUAAAGGAGGCAGCCUGCAUUGUAGUCAAGAUUUCAGGUUCUAGUCUCGGGAUAUCUGGGUUCCAUCUUGUCUGUCACUCAGCUGAGUGACAGUCGUGCUAGGCUGGCUAGCCUCUAAAUUUACCUCUUCAGCUGUAUAACAGAGACGGUAGCAAUACCAACCUCCCAGCUUUGCUGAAGGUUAAAUAAUACAUGGAAAGCUGUUGGCACAGGGCCUAGCUGUACUAAGGGCUCAAUAAAGGUUAGCUAUUAUUGUUAUAGGUCCCCAGCUUUCUUCAAGGGCCAGCAGAUGUCGUCCGUUUACACGUACAGUAGGAGCCCCUGCCUAAGCUGAAAGGAUUCCACAGCGCAGUCUCUCACCUAGCCUUUUUUUAGAGAAGGGAGCAGGAGAGAGCCAAAGUAGCCCUCCCGGGCCACUCAACUUGCCGGAAUCCUUCUUAUCUCUGGUAGCGAGGUACAGACGCUGAUCAACUGACGCUAAUAAAGCACAGUGCUCAUCAGGCCGAAGGUCAAUGACCAAGGUCUGAAGCCCCUCAAUGAGGAAGUGCCCUUCCUAGCCGCUAUUAGGGGGAAAAAAUACACUUUUAGGCCACACAAAAUCCAGCAUAUUUAUUUGGAAAACAGUAGUUUCAAAAUUCUCUCUUAAACUUAGAAUCUAUGAGCUAGGGUACAAAUAAGUGAGGUUAUCAUUCAUUGUUAAUUUAUUAAAUAAAAUUUUAAAUGAACUGAUUAUGUGGAGUGUUUUUCCACAUUUCAGUAAUAAUCACUUGGAGAUUAAUUCUGCUGAUGAACACAGUGGGCCUGGUAUGGGCCAGUAAUUUGGAAAUUUUCAUUUUUACAAAUACCUCCACGAUGAUUAUCACGAUCAGUGUGAAACACUGAUGUGAAACAUGCUUUUCAACUUCUUUCGCAGAUUUUAAUUCUUGAACUACUGAUUCCAGAAUGACCCACUGAAAAGUCUUAUCCUGUCCAGUUUUAGGAAAGGGAAGUGAGUCUUCUGAACAUUUAUUUGGUUUGCUAAAUUCUCCUCGUUGGAAGCAUCACAAAUACUCUGUUCUAGUUGUUUCCUAGAAGACAGACAGUCUCCUUUCCAUUUCUGAUCUGGGUUGUAUAGAUCGUGUUUUCCUUGGAGGCACAGCAAGCAAUACAACCAAAUCAUCUUUAAAAAUUGGCUACUUAUUAAAGCAUUGUCGCUUUUAAUACCUUUGCUUGCUUCUGUCCAGCUCCCUUCUCUCAUGAAACUUAAGAAGUUUGGGUGCUUUGCAG